AUGAGAAGGUACUGGAGUGAGAAACAAGUACCAGGAGGAGCGGCCAGUACUGGAGGCCGGGGUGGAGGAGGAGGAGCGGCCAGUACUGGAGGCCGGGGUGCAGGAGGAGGAGCGGCCAGUACUGGAGGCCGGGGUGGAGGAGGAGGAGCGGCCAGUACUGGAGGCCGGGGUGGAGGAGGAGGAGGGCCAGUACUGGAGGCCGGGGUGGAGGAGGAGGUACUGGAGGCCGGGGUGGAGGAGGAGGAGGGCCAGUACUGGAGGCCGGGGUGGAGGAGGAGGAGGGCCAGUACUGGAGGCCGGGGUGGAGGAGGAGGAGCGGCCAGUACUGGAGGGCGGGGUGGAGGAGGAGGAGGGCCAGUACUGGAGGCCGGGGUGCAGGAGGAGGAGCGGCCAGUACUGGAGGCCGGGGUGGAGGAGGAGGAGCGGCCAGUACUGGAGGCCGGGGUGCAGGAGGAGGAGCGGCCAGUACUGGAGGCCGGGGUGCAGGAGGAGGAGCGGCCAGUACUGGAGGCCGGGGUGCAGGAGGAGGAGCGGCCAGUACUGGAGGCCGGGGUGGAGGAGGAGGAGCGGCCAGUACUGGAGGCCGGGGUGGAGGAGGAGGUACUGGAGGCCGGGGUGGAGGAGGAGGGCCAGUACUGGAGGCCGGGGUGGAGGAGGAGGAGCGGCCAGUACUGGAGGCCGGGGUGCAGGAGGAGGAGCGGCCAGUACUGGAGGCCGGGGUGGAGGAGGAGGAGCGGCCAGUACUGGAGGCCGGGGUGGAGGAGGAGGAGGGCCAGUACUGGAGGCCGGGGUGCAGGAGGAGGAGGGCCAGUACUGGAGGCCGGGGUGCAGGAGGAGGAGCGGCCAGUACUGGAGGCCGGGGUGGAGGAGGAGGAGCGGCCAGUACUGGAGGCCGGGGUGCAGGAGGAGGAGCGGCCAGUACUGGAGGCCGGGGUGCAGGAGGAGGAGCGGCCAGUACUGGAGGCCGGGGUGGAGGAGGAGGAGCGGCCAGUACUGGAGGCCGGGGUGCAGGAGGAGGAGCGGCCAGUACUGGAGGCCGGGGUGCAGGAGGAGCGGCCAGUACUGGAGGCCGGGGUGGAGGAGGAGGUACUGGAGGCCGGGGUGGAGGAGAGAGGCGGGGACAGGGAGACAGUGGUGCCACACCACCACACAACACCAGCGGGUGGUCACAGUGCUGGCGGCCGUCACGUGCUGGCUGGUCCACUCAUCAACACUUCACACUGUGUUAAUGUCUGUAGUGACAGCUUGCGAGGCAGAGGCCACCAAGAUGGCACUAUAGACGUAAUGGUAAGGAAAUAA